AUGCAUGCACAGAAAGGGGAGCAGGCCAAAGUGCCUCUUAAUGCUAUAGUAGUCGGAGGAGGUAUCGGUGGAAUUGCCACGGCACUCAGUCUGGGACGUCGAGGGCAUAAUGUUGUGAUUCUUGAAUCAGCGCCAAAGUUGAUGGAAGUAGGAGCAGGUAUUCAAGUCUCGCCUAAUAUGGGCAGACUACUGGACCGCUGGGGAGUGGCAUAUAGAGAAAAAGCAACGCUGCUACAGCAGAUCGAUAUUCGAAGAUGGCAAGAUGGCAGUCUGCUCGCAUGCAUCCCCUGCAAUCCAGCACACGGCGACCAAUUGACCAUCCACCGAGCAGACUUGCACAACGCCCUCAUUGAGAAAGCUCUCUCCCUGCCCAAUGUCCAACUCCUCGUCAACUCGCACGUGGUUGAUGUAAACUUUGACAAGACAGAAGUAAUCCUGGCAGACGGCAGAGUCAUCAGCGGGGACGUGGUUCUAGCCGCAGACGGUAUAAAAUCCAAUAUCCGACCCAAGAUUCUCAACGACAACACAAUAAAAGUGCAACCCACGGGAGAUGCCGCGUAUCGAAUUACACUAUCCCGAGAAGAAAUGCUUGCUCAUCCCGUACUGCGCGAUAUGAUUGAUCAAUCCCGUGCAACACGCUGGAUUGGUCCUGGUUGUCAUAUUGUGGCGUAUCCGCUCCGGAAUCAUGAACUGUUUAAUGUUGUGUUGGUUCACCCUGAUCGUGGAACGGUGGAUGAUAUGUGGACUAUUAAAGGGUCGAAGAAGGACAUGAUUGAUGAAUAUGCUGGAUGGGACGAGAGAGUCACGCAGAUUAUUGCGAAUGUACAGGAUGAUGCUGUCAUGGAAUGGAAGUUGAAUCUGUAUCCACCGCUAAGGACUUGGACCAAGGGGUCAAUAGCUUUACUUGGAGAUGCGUGUCAUCCAAUGCUUCCAUACGUCGCUCAAGGAGCCGCUCAAGCAGUCGAAGAUGCCGGUGCCUUAGGAGCAAUUCUCUCCUCCAUCUCCUCUAAGCUCGACAUCCCUGCUGCCCUCCAAGCAUACCAGUCUUCCAGAAAAGAGCGUGCCGAACAGGUUCAACAAUCAGGCAAACUGAACCGUAUUGCUCUCCAUCUUCCGGACGGGCCCGAACAACUCCAACGAGACGAAAUGUUCCGUCUCGCAAUGCAGGGGAACUCGGAGAGUCCCGAUCGAUGGAUAGACGAAAAAACGCGCAAGAUCCUAUGGGAACAUGACGCUGAGGAGGCCGCUCUCAAGACAUUCCAAGGUAUGUCCACGUCAUUGUCCUAGUAGUUUAAAAAAAAAAAUUGAAACAUGGCUGAUGUCGGAAGCAGAGUAUCAAAAUAAGCAUUCCCGUGUAGCGAAUCUUUAGACAAGUCCCGGUACUCUGAUCCGACGCCACGCCAGCCAUUCCUUGCUGACAAAAGUCGCCGAAGAUUAAAAAUGAGCUCAUUUGUUGAGAACUCUUGAGACACAUGGUUAGUAAUGGGCUUAGGUGAUCGGUUGUGGUUCCAUAUGAAAACUUAAACGGUGCAAGUCUCCGCCACUUGGUGGAGUAUAGCGAUAUUCUUUCUGCAAUUCAUCUGUUACAUAUGUACAGUAUUUGAGCGAAUCAUCUGAUUCAUUUCAAUGGAUGAGAAUUUCACCCGAAAGACCCGAAGAAACUUCCAGUCUUGGAUGAUUCUGAACGGGUUUUACGGAUAUACAGGGAUAUCGAUAAGGGCUCGCUUAUCGCUGACAUCAUAUCUCCAGUUAAUUAUUAUUUUAAGUUGGGAGGCUUAAAAAUGUC